AUGCUGGUGAAUUUCAUUUUGAGGUGUGGGUUGCUGUUAGUCACUCUGUCUCUUGCCAUUGCCAAGCACAAGCAAUCUUCCUUCACCAAAAGUUGUUACCCAAGGGGAACAUUGUCCCAAGCUGUUGACGCUCUCUAUAUCAAAGCAGCAUGGCUCAAAGCAACGAUUCCAGAAGACCGCAUAAAAAAUAUACGAUUAUUAAAAAAGAAAACAAAAAAGCAGUUUAUGAAAAACUGUCAAUUUCAAGAACAGCUUCUGUCCUUCUUCAUGGAAGACGUUUUUGGUCAACUGCAAUUGCAAGGCUGCAAGAAAAUACGCUUUGUGGAGGACUUUCAUAGCCUUAGGCAGAAAUUGAGCCACUGUAUUUCCUGUGCUUCGUCAGCUAGAGAGAUGAAAUCCAUUACCAGGAUGAAAAGAAUAUUUUAUAGGAUUGGAAACAAAGGAAUCUACAAAGCCAUCAGUGAACUGGAUAUUCUUCUUUCCUGGAUUAAAAAAUUAUUGGAAAGCAGUCAGUAA